AAUCUUACUGAUCUGGAAGACACACAUAGGAUAGAAAAGGAGCAUUGGCUCAGUAUGAUAAAAAGCAGCUCCCAGUGGGUAACGAGCCGAGAAACGCUCUCGUCUUUGACGAGGAUGGAGAGCUGGUCGUCAAGUCCCGUCAUUUUCAUUAUGGGAUUUUUAAUUGCGUCAACCCUUGUAUCCUCUCGGGGCAAGUUUUCUUGUUUCGACAACAGCUUCACCAAUAGAUUUGAGUCUCAAUGGCCAGAGGCGGUUCUAGCCUCUUUGGCGGCCUGGGCGAACCACCUUUCCUUUAUGUUAUUCUGCGUACCAUUAUUCUGUGAGGGUCAGUUGGAGUCCAGUAAGCGAGAUGAUCAGACCUACCUCCUGUGUCAUCCUUCUCACUCCUCCACAUUUGGUGACCCGAAGGCAAACAGGUCGAGGUUUAAUGGUAAAACCAGCUCCUCUCAGGGCACGCCUGCUACUGGGGAACCUCUGCUGGUGUCCCUGGUUUCUUUUUCUGGGGCUGUUAAGAUCCCAGAUAUUUGGCUGCAUAAUGCACCUUCAUGGUUUGUCCACCAAAUUUGCUCUUUGUGGGAUUUCCUCUGACGACACAAGGAGCAGUUAUGUGGUCGCCUUGCUGGAUCCGCUGUCCACCGGGGAGUGAUGACCUUGCCUCCGAUUUAUUGACCAGCCGAUUUAGCCUUAAUUUUGUGAGAUUGGUGAUCAGCCGAUACUUACAUGUGAAGCCGAUCUUAUCCCCCGAUCUCAUCUACUUUGGCAAAGGCCUACAAAUUAACCACUGUCCUCUCCUACUCUCUCGUGAGAGGGGUUUGACUGAUAAACCGGCCCACCAGGUCACGUCUGUACGUUCGCAAUUUCACCCCACUACAGCCGACCCAGUGACUUUCUUGCUAUAUUUAGUGACAUUUCAAACAAACAAAAAAAUUGGAAUCAGCAGGUCAGGCUUUUUAAAGAUCGGUAAUUGGCCAGAAAACUACAAUUUCAACCCUAUUUCAAAGUCAGAGUAACUGCUACUAGGACAUAUUAGGGCACUUCAGGUUCUCUUUGCUGACAACCUUCAUAGAGAUACGCUAUUUGUUUCCAGGUUCUAAUACCUGAUGGGGGGCCAACAAUACAACCUGGACUUCUGGAACACCUCAGCAGAACCACAGGUAGAUCUCCUCCGAGCCACGCUGCACUGAUGCAGUAAAUUAUAGAAAAGAAGCCCGGACUGAGAGCAGAUACUAUAUCUUUUGGGUUUUCAUUAGCUACAAUCUCCAAAAGCAACAGAAAUCAAUCUUUGAAAUAUAUCACUCUGCUUGUAAAUAAUACUUAGAAUAUGAGUUUCACUUUUUGAACUCAACUACUGAAAUAAAUGAACGCGGAGUCAGCAAGAUAUGCAGUACAGCUCAGAGGAAACCACUGAUGAGCGUCCUGGGCUGUCACCGACUCGGACCAGCUUCUCUAUUCUCAGCCUGCUCACCACCAUCACCAUCAUCAGGCUAAGAGUUCCUAGUUGAAGUUGCUUCAAGUGUCCUUGCUCCAAGUCCUCAUUUACCUCUGUUUUGAAUAAGUCCACGCAGGACACGCGUGCCUUUGCAUGGAGGUUUAGCUGCGACAAAGGCAGAAAGCUGCAAGGGCAAAUCCCGGGCGGGAGAGAGGGAAGGAGGGUGGAGCCACGCUGGAACUCUUAACUCCAAAAGGCUUAUUCCCGCUCUCACUACCAAGGUGCCGGGCUCCGCGGUCCGCAGGAACAACCCCCCCAGCAAGGCCAUGCACAGGUUCCGGACUCAGGCCAAGUGAUCGCCAUCGGCAGUAAGAUUCCUUCGCAAAAGGAAAAAUAAAAAUAAAAAUCAUCUGGGGGAGGAAAAACAAACAAGAAGAUUAAAUCUCCAUCAAAGGACUUUGGAGAUUAGGCUGCCUGUGUUUGGCAUCUCCGAGCUGCUGACUCGAUGCCGCGGAGGAAAAAAUGACUUGUGACUCGGGCCUCUGAGGGAGCGAUCAUCCGUGUCCGAGCUUUUUUUUUUUAAAUUAUUUUUAUUUAUUUAUUUUUUUAAGUGCCGACAGGCACGGGCCGAAGCAUGCAGCACCCGCUGGACAUGGGCGCCCACUACUACCCGCCCGACGUCCAGCCGGACCACAGGACUCACCGCUACAGGAGUUUCAUGAUAGAGGAAAUUCUGACGGAUCACCCGGAGCACAAAACGUCAGCGCCGGCCGGAGAGCUGCUCAAGUUCGGGGUGCAGGCUCUUCUGUCCGCCCGGCCGUUUCACAGUCAGCUGGUGCUAAAAGCCGACCAGGCGAACCUCCUCAAGUUCCCUUUGUCCCCGCUGUCCUGCACGCUGGGCUCCGCGCUCGGCUCCCCGCUUCUGUCCGCCGCUCCGGGCCUGCAGGUCGGACCCGCCGGCCACCACCUGCCGCUUGACCUGCACCUGCGCGGGAAGCUGGAGCACGGAGCCGACGGCGGCGGGAAGAGCAAGAAGGGCCGGCGGAGUCGCACCGUGUUCACCGAGCUGCAGCUGAUGGGCCUGGAGAAGCGCUUCGAGAAGCAGAAGUACCUCUCCACCCCGGACAGAAUAGAUUUGGCCGAGUCUUUGGGCCUCAGUCAGCUGCAAGUGAAAACCUGGUACCAGAACAGGAGGAUGAAAUGGAAGAAAAUUGUUCUACAGGGAGGAGGGCUGGAGUCCCCCACCAAGCCAAAAGGCCGACCAAAGAAGAACUCCAUCCCCAGCAGCGAGCAGCUCUCUGAGCAGGAACGACCUGCUGGCGACGCCGACCGUCAGUCCGAGGGGUCAAGCUCUCACUUCGAGAACACACAGGAAGAGUGAAGCAAUUCAGCUGGACUCGUGGAACCGCUGGGACGCUCAGCGCUCCUUUAGGAGAACGCUUCCAAGAGACCUGAUAUGCUCCAGGAAGCAGCCGUGUGGUUUUUUUUUUUUUUUUUUUUUUUUGCGUUCCCUCAUGAUGAACUUGCUGCUGUUCAGGAAGGAACUCAAACCUUUGCAGUAGGUCUGUUUUCACCUUCUAAGGACCCACUUUUACUCAUCUGUUUUGCAUUCCUUUUUAUGUAACUGUGCUAUGUUUAAUUAUUAAAUAUAUUUUCAGUAA